AACCUGUCUUCCCCUUCUUGGUCCGCCAUAAGCGGGAACUCGAGAAAAUAGGAAGAGAGGGGAGGGGUAUAGAGAGAGACAAAGGAGAACCAAAGAGUUUUCUAGUUGCUUUAUUUUUCCUAUUAUAAUAUUUAUUAUUAGUUUCUUUCCAUCUUCUUCUCCAGGCGGCAGGUUUGCCGCCGGAUUGGAAAAAUAUUCACCUUACCAUUCUUGGUUCAUCAGAGAUACCUCCAUACCCCUCCCCCCCUGGUGCCCCCUUCUUUUGUCCUCUCCUGCACUAUCUUUGAUUUGUUUUACCCUAUGGAAAAACCGAAGACUCCCUUCAAGGGAGUCAUUGAUGAUGCUAAAGGAAGGAUAACAUGUUAUAAACGUGAUUGGCUCAACUCAUAUAGUACAGGCGUGAGGAUACUGGCUCCAACAGCAUACAUUUUCUUUGCUUCUGCUCUUCCUGUUAUUGCAUUCGGGGAGCAAUUGAGUAGAGAAACAGAUGGGGCUUUGAGCACAGUUGAAACUCUUGCUUCUACUGCUAUCUGUGGAAUCAUCCAUUCAAUUUUCGGUGGACAGCCUCUGUUGAUCUUAGGAGUUGCAGAGCCAACCAUCAUCAUGUACACCUACUUGUACACAUUUGUGAAGGGUAGACCAGACAUGGGGCCAAAGCUGUUUGUCGCCUGGGCAGGAUGGGUUUGUGUCUGGACUGCGUUGAUGCUGUUUCUUCUUGCUAUAUUCAACGUGUGCAAUAUCAUCCCUAGGUUUACGAGGCUUGCAGGAGAACUCUUUAGCAUGUUAAUCACAAUUCUUUUCCUCCAAGAGGCUAUUAAGGGAGUAGUGAGUGAAUUUACAACUCCAAAAGGUGAAAAUCCGGAACGAGAGGAGUUCCACUUUCAAUGGCUCUAUGUGAAUGGGUUACUGGCAGUUAUUUUCUCGUUUGGUGUUCUUUUAGCUUCUAUUAAAAGUAGAGGAGCUAGAUCAUGGCGUUAUGGUACAGGUUGGAUGCGAAGUUUUAUAGCCGAUUAUGGGGUUCCCCUUAUGGUUGUGUUGUGGACAGCAAUGUCUUUUGCUGUGCCUGGAAAAGUUCCCUCUGACGUUCCUCGAAGGCUGUUUUGUCCUCUCCCUUGGGAGGCUAAAUCAUUAUACCACUGGACUGUGAUCAAGGAUAUGGUAAGGGUCCCAGUGUUCUAUAUCUUUGCCGCGGCCAUUCCAGCUCUGAUGAUAGCUGGUCUAUACUUUUUCGAUCACAGUGUAGCUUCACAGAUGGCACAACAGAAGGAGUUCAAUCUUAAAAACCCAUCUGCUUACCAUUAUGAUUUGUUUUUGCUUGGAGUCAUGACUUUGAUAUGCGGAUUACUUGGAAUUCCCCCUUCAAAUGGGGUACUUCCACAAUCACCAAUGCAUACAAGGAGCCUUGCUGUUCUCAAGAAACAGUUAAUUCGGAAGAAAAUGGUGAAGACUGCGAAGGAAGGUAUUAAGCAGAAUGCGACAAAAUCAGAGCUAUAUGUAAAGAUGCACUCCGUCUUCGUUGAGAUGGAUGCUACAUCAAAGCGUACAGCAGAUAAGGAAUUGGAGAACUUGAAGGCUGCUGUAUUGAAACAUGACGAUGGAGAAAAUGGGACAGACGAAAAAUUUGACCCUGAGAAGCACAUUGAUGCCCACUUGCCUGUUCGAGUAAAUGAGCAAAGAGUUAGCAAUUUUUUGCAAUCUCUACUUGUGGGAUGUACUGUGUUUGCUAUACCUGUGAUCCGGAGAAUACCCACCUCAGUUCUUUGGGGAUAUUUUGCCUACAUGGCCAUUGACAGUCUCCCUGGUAAUCAAUUCUGGGAGAGGCUGCUGCUGCUUUUUAUUCCUUCUGGUAGAAGAUUCAAGGUCUUUGAAGGGCACCACGCCUCCUAUGUUGAGUUGGUCCCAUUCAAAUACAUUGUAAAGUUUACAGUGCUCCAGCUCCUGUAUUUCUUAAUUUGCUUUGGAGUAACAUGGAUACCUGUCGCUGGAAUACUAUUCCCUUUGCUUUUCUUCCUUCUCAUAGCUAUUAGAGAACAUGUUCUUCCCAAGUUUUUCCCACCUGAGUAUCUUAAGGAAUUAGAUGCAGCUGAGUACGAAGAAAUUGCUGGUGUUCCAAAGGAGAGAGAGAGAGUUGAUGAAGAAAAUGAUGAUGAUUUCUCUGACGCUGAGAUAUUAGAUGAGAUGACAACACGCAGAGGUGAACUAAAACACAGAUCUGUCAGCUUCACCGAAAGGCAGCAUCAGGUAUACCCGCAUGAGGCUUCUUGACAGUAAUGGCACCUGAUGCAUCGAUGUAAAGAUAUAGCUCAUUGUGAUUCUCAACCAAGGAACUUUCGGGGAGGUCAUUAAUUUCCACAAAUCCUCUCGGUUGAGGAAAAUGUGCAUAGAAAGAAUACAUGAAAAGAAAGAAAACAGUAGAAAAGAGCGACGGACGGAGAUUACAAAAGAAAAAAAAAAGCAUGAGUAUUCUGUACAAACUUUAAUUUCUUUCACAGUACAGAAGCUACAGUAAUAUAGAAGUUUGGUGCUGAUUGGGAAAUGUGUAUAUUCUUGAUGCUCUAUUAUUUCUUUUUUGGCAAAGGUUGAAGAUGUAGAUGCUGUUUGUGUUAUACAAAUGGGCCAUUCGGGAUUCUGAUAUCUUUGCUUGGAAAACUAGUUGAUAGUCUUUAAGACACUUGAAAAUACGUUGAUAGUAAAAGGCUAUUUAGUUUAAAUGGCUCGAUAAUGGAGCAGUCCUAUAUAUGAUUUCUCGAACUUUUCAGAUUUCCUUCCUUGAGCUGAGGAUUUAUCAGAAACUUCUGCACCUUUGAGGCACUGGGUAAUAAGGUAAGGCAGGGGGUAAGAUCUGUGUCCGCUCUAUCUUUUUAGACUCUACUUUGUGGGACGACUAUAAUGGGAAUAUUGUUGUGGUAGAAAACUUGUCAGAAUUGGCAUGUGACUAAACUGACUUGUAAGCAUUUCAAAGAUAUAUAAUCCCAAUCUUCUUACUAUGUAUUAGUGCAUUCUUACUAUUUUGCAUUGCGCAACUCUUUCAGCUUC